AGAGCCGGAUCCCAGGGUUCAGAUCCACCCCUAUUGCCUUCUUGCCGCGUGGCCCCGCCUUCAGUCCAGGCCCGAGUCUGGGCUGCGCCUAACUUAUCCCGCCUCUCCACCCUUAAGCCAAUCACUAUCUCUGAAUCUCCUCUGGCCCCGCCUCCAGACCCGCCCCGGCCCAGUGCCAGGCUUGGUUUACCCGGGCCCCACCCCCGGCCCGCCCCUCCGUCGGUGCGCCGCGGUCGGGAAGGCGCCUCCACUAGACGCUCGGAACUGCCGACCCGAUAGCUGCCCUCAGGGGGCCGGUGGCGGGAGCGGAGUGGGUCAGGCGGGGCCGAGCCGGGCCGUGGGCCGUGUUGGGGCCGGGCGGCGGCCGGGCCGGCGGACGGCGGGAUGGGCUGCACCGUGAGCGCCGAGGACAAGGCAGCGGCCGAGCGCUCUAAGAUGAUCGACAAGAACCUGCGGGAGGACGGCGAGAAGGCGGCGCGGGAGGUGAAGUUGCUGCUGUUGGGUGCUGGAGAGUCAGGGAAGAGCACCAUUGUCAAGCAGAUGAAGAUCAUCCACGAGGAUGGCUACUCCGAGGAGGAAUGCCGGCAGUAUCGGGCAGUCGUCUACAGCAACACCAUCCAGUCAAUCAUGGCCAUCGUCAAGGCCAUGGGCAACCUGCAGAUUGACUUUGCCGACCCUUCCCGCGCGGACGACGCCAGGCAGCUGUUUGCACUGUCUUGCACUGCCGAGGAGCAGGGCGUGCUCCCUGAUGACCUCUCCGGCGUCAUCCGGAGGCUCUGGGCUGACCAUGGUGUGCAGGCCUGCUUUGGCCGCUCGAGGGAAUACCAGCUCAACGACUCAGCCGCCUAUUACCUGAAUGAUUUGGAGCGCAUCGCACAGAGCGACUACAUUCCCACGCAGCAGGACGUGCUACGGACCCGUGUAAAGACCACGGGUAUUGUGGAGACUCACUUCACCUUCAAGGACCUUCACUUCAAGAUGUUUGAUGUGGGUGGUCAGCGGUCUGAGCGGAAGAAGUGGAUCCACUGCUUUGAGGGCGUCACAGCCAUCAUCUUCUGUGUAGCCUUGAGCGCCUAUGACUUGGUGUUAGCUGAGGACGAGGAGAUGAACCGCAUGCAUGAGAGCAUGAAGCUGUUUGAUAGCAUCUGCAACAACAAGUGGUUCACAGACACGUCCAUCAUCCUCUUCCUCAACAAGAAGGACCUGUUCGAGGAGAAGAUCACACACAGCCCCCUGACCAUCUGCUUCCCGGAGUAUACAGGGGCCAACAAGUAUGAUGAGGCAGCCAGCUACAUCCAGAGUAAGUUUGAGGACCUGAAUAAGCGCAAAGACACCAAGGAGAUCUACACGCACUUCACAUGUGCCACUGACACCAAGAACGUGCAGUUUGUGUUUGAUGCCGUCACUGAUGUCAUCAUCAAGAACAACCUGAAGGACUGCGGCCUCUUCUGAGGGGCAGUGGGGCCUAGCAGGAUGGGCCACCGCCGACUCUGCUCUCCUAGCCCUUGAGGAAGAUGGGGGCAAGAAGACCACGCUCCCUGGCUGUUCCCCCUGGCCGCUUUUCUCCUCUUUCCUCUCUUUGUUCUCAGCAUUCCCUGUCCUCUCCCUCAGCUCCAGACUUAGAAGAGGGGUUGCCGCAGGCCUCCCUGUUUAAAGCCCGCCCUUAUCUGAGGUGCCGGGAACGGCCAUGGUACCCCCUUUCUGGGCAUCUGUUCUGGUUUUUUAACCACUGUCUUGUUCUGUGAUGGGGGAGGGGAGCACAUGCUGAGUCUCCCAAGGCCUGUCUGGAGGAGCACCCCUGGACCCCUGGCUUUGCCCAACACCAGUCCCUGCCCAAGUCCAAAUGUUUACAGGGAGCCUCCUGCCCACCUCCCCACCCCUACAGCCGCUUGGAGGCCCCAAAGGAAAAAGCACAAGAAGCGUGAGACGCCACCAUUCCUCAAGACCACAGUCCAACCUGCUCAUUCUCGUAGCUUUUUAAAAAAAUGAAAGUAAAGGAAAAAAAAAACUGCAAACCUAGAAAACUUUUUAGAGAAAAACUAUUUAAAACUGUCAGAUCCCGACCAGCACCCACCCAAGCCCCGUUCAGUGAUUCCGUGCCUUGAGUGUGUCUGCCUGUUUACACCCAUCCCUCUGCUGGCCGCCCCCGGGCGAGUGGCACCCCUGUCCUGCCCUCCACAGAAUUAGGUUCCAAGGGCUGUUCCAGACAACUGCCAAUGUCACUGAGGGCCCUGCCCCAGCGGCCCUGGGCCCAGGCUCCAUUAACCUAAAUGUAGCUCCUUAGCGCUAACCUAGGAACCGCCGCUGCCUGCUGAGGGGCCAUCCCCCUCAUGCCCUUGCCCCAGGCCUGGGGCUUUCAGCGUUGAACACUUCCUUGCUUUUUUCACAUGUUUUAUGGAAUUGUUCACCUGGUUUGAAAUAAUAAAAUGUAGAAAGAAAAAAAA